AUGAGGAAGCGUCAAGUAGUUGUGAGAAGAGAAGAACCUCAAAGAAGCGUUAGGAGUGUGAAAUAUGGAGAGUGCCAAAAGAAUCAUGCUGCUAACGUUGGAGGGUAUGCUGUUGAUGGUUGCAGAGAGUUCAUGGCAAGUGGUGGAGAAGGAACAAGUGGUGCUCUUACUUGUGCUGCGUGUGGUUGCCACAGGAACUUUCACAAAAGAGAGGUUGAAACUGAAGUUGUGAGUGAGUGUUCAUCACCUCCAUCCAAUGGGAAUUGA